AUGAUGAUAAACAUUAUUUCAUUGAUUGUAUGUUGUUUUUUUCUAUCAAUUCUUCAAAUCGCUUUAUCGGAUGUUUCUGUGUAUAAUGCUUCAAAUCAAUUAAUCAAAGAUUUUGAUGAUCAAUCAGCUAGUUUUGGACCAUCAUUUCCAACAGGCGGAUUAAAAGGUUAUAUUACGACAACCGAGCCAGAAAAUGGAUGUAAAAAAAUAUUACCACCACCAAAUAUUCCAACAUUUGGCUAUCAUUGGAUUGCACUUAUUCCUCGAACACGAGGAAAUAACUCAUGUGAAUUUGCUCUUAAGGUACAAAAUGCUCAAAAUGCAAAUUUUAGUGCUGUUAUUAUAUAUAAUUAUGAUGAUACAAUAAUUACUAUGGGAUCAUCGGGAAGAAAUGUUCGUAUACCAUCAACAUUAAUUACCCGUACUAGCGGUUUAACAUUGAUUUCUUAUUAUUUGUUUAAUAAAACUACAUUUAAUUCAACUCCAACAUAUCAUGUAAAAAUAACGCCAGAACAAUCAUUACCAGUGACUGCUUAUUUAGUACCAAUUGCUGUGAUUAUUUCGUUUACAAUUCUUGGUCUUAUUGGUUUCGUAUUGGUAAAAGUUUGUUUACAACGACGUCAGGAACGUCGUCAUCGUUUACCACGAUCAGCACUUAAACAAUUAAAAAUAAAAAAAUUUGUUAAAGGUGACCCAUGGGAAGUAUGUGCUAUUUGCUUGGAUGAUUAUGAAGAUGGAGCUAAAUUACGUAUUUUGCCUUGCGAUCAUGCAUAUCAUAUGAAAUGUAUUGAUCCAUGGUUAAUAAAUAAUCGACGUCAAUGUCCGGUAUGUAAACGUUAUGUAUUUUCUGAUCAUGAUAAUCCCGAUGAAGAAGAAAGUGAUAUUCAUCAACAAGCAAGAACACCAACAGAACAAACACCAUUGGUAUAUGCAAAUGAUAAUAAUUCAACAACAGAUGCAUCAACAAGUCAACAAUCGUCUGAACGUCGAUUGCUUAAUCCAUCCGGUAGAGGUAUACAUAAUGUUUCCUUUGCCACAAAUGAAUCAGUAGAUGAUGUUGAAAAUUCAUCUUCAUCACUAGGAACAACAUCAACAAAUCUUACAACAACAAUAGGACUUACUUUCGAUAGACCAUCAAAUCCUCGACGAUACGGCAGUAUACAUGAAACUUCAACAACACCACGUGUUGCUAAUUUUUUUGUUGGUUCUAUUGGUGGUACAACUGAUAAUACGAAUGUAUCUGCACGUUCUACAGUUGAAGAUGUGAGUGAUAUCGAAGUAAUCAAUGAUGAUGGUGAUGAAGAAAUUCAUUCGACUACAAUUUGCUCAGAAGAAAAUCCGGCAUACAUUAAUGAUGAAGAAUCAACAACAAAUGAAAUUCACACACACUUAUAA